CCCUCCCUGUCCUAUGUGAUAAGCAAGCUGGGAGGAGCUGUCGUCUCGUGCGGUCCCCCCUCCUUUUCCUUCACCUCAGUCAUUUCUGAGGGGGAGAAUGAAAAAUAAAGGAGAGGGGUCUGCCUUGUACAUGAGCGGAAAAGCGUCAUUAUUGUCCUGAAAGCAGUCGGACUAGUCACACUGCUAGGCACGGAGCUGGCCCGAAGACAACGGCGAUGGAGAGAACCCAGAGAGGAGGGGGUCGCGAGUCAUAAAACCGUCAAAAUCGUUGUAGGAAGGAGCGAGAAUCGUUUUCAUUUCACCCCGCAUCUCUGCUGGCGGGAUGGAGAUAAGCUAUCUCCUGCAUCAGUACGUCGAACAACAACCUGAAUGGCUCUCAACAUCUUGAAUGCAGCGUUGUUUUUCUUUCUCUGUCACUGAACCCAGCACAGUCAGUAAUCUUUCAUACGAAACGCGAGGUUUACAUGGACAGAGUGGCUAACGCACAAACAACUGGACCGACUCGUUCUCUCUGCUGGGGAUCCAGAGGUAUAUAGCUCAUUCUCCAGUGUAGCCGCUGCCUUGCCGCACAGCGUAAGCAGGCUAUGCGGCUCUGCGUUAAGAAUGUAAUGGAGAUUGGUGUAGCCAGGCACAAACGAAAGCUACAAUGCGUAAUAACUUGGAUACUUCUGGCUGUUAAUACGACUGAGGAAUCGACUAAGACCAUCUCCUGGAUCGCAAUGAACAUCUAGAUACAACCCAAAACAGGCGAUGGGAUGAAAAUGCGACGGCACAGGGUGUUCUUGCUUUGCACAGUGGGCCUGUGUGUCAUCUCCUUCCUGCACUACUACAAGGCGCUGCACUACGUGUCGCUGCUGCGCGAGCUCUCCGCCCCCUACCCCAACAUCAAGUCCUUCAUCAUGGUCACCGGCUUCUUCUGGAGGGAGAGGGCCACGCCCAUGGCCAGCGCUGUGCCGGAGGAGGGGCCUCCGCCGGCGCUCAGGCCCUCCGACACCAAGCCCAGAGGCGGGGAGGACAUGGAGGAUGUGAGGAUGCCUGGAGGACUCGGGGAUCCAGGGGGGCUGGUGAUGGAGGCUGAAGAGGACCCUCAGGUGCCCAGACCAUGGGGCAGGCCAGAGGAACCACCGCAUGGGGAUCCUGAUGGCACUCAGGAGCAAAAUGAGCGCCUAGAGCUGACACCCUGGCACCCCAAUCACCCAGCAGCUCGUCUGAGACAAGAGGCUCCACAUGUGGUGGUGGAAGAGCUCGACCCCACGACAGCUCCUACCCCUGACCCCAUUGAGUCUAUGGGCGACCUCCACCACCGCACUCAUCAUCUCCAGAACGACCACACAUCCUAUUUCGUGCGCACCAAAGCCGGGGCCUUGUGCUACCGGAAGGGGACCGAAGUGGCACCUCCUCCUGGUCAAGCCAAAGCGGUGAAUCCCACAGCAGCUGCUAACCACGGCCAACGGCAGCUUCUCCAGCAGCCGAUACAGCCGCAGCAGCAGCAUCCCGAGGAGCAGGCAGGCACCCUGCACGCCAAACCCAAGCGUGGCAAGCGGUUGGUGAAGUGUGUGUGCCGCCCCGGCUGGCAUGGGCCAUACUGUGGUGUGCCCACCAUGGUAUACCACUCCAACCUGCCAACCAAGGAGCGGCUGACGCCUCGCGAGACGCCGCGGCGCAUUAUCAACGCAAUCAACGUCAACCACGAGUUCGACUUGCUGCACGUGCGCUUUCACGAGCUGGUGGACACCGUCGACCUCUUCCUGGUGUGUGAGUCGAACUUCACGGCGUACGGCGACCGGAGACCGCUGCGCUUCCUACGCCGGCUGCUCAAUGGCACCUACGACUACAUCCGCCACAAGAUCCUCUACGUCUUCCUCGACCACUUUCCCGAUGGGGGCCGGCAGGACGGGUGGAUCGCAGACGACUACCUGCGCACCUUUCUGACGCGCAACGGCAUGUCUCGAGUGGCGGGUAUUCGGCCGGACGACGUCUUCCUCAUCAACGACGCUGAUGAGAUUCCAGCUCGGGAGGGCAUCCUGUUCCUCAAGCUGUUCGACGGCUGGACAGAGCCCUUCGCCAUCCACAUGCGGAAGUCACUGUACGGAUUCUUCUGGAAGCAACUGGGCUCUCUGGAGGUGGUGUCGGGCUGCACAGUGGGCAUGCUUCGUGACGUCUACGACAACGACGGCAUUCGGUUGCGGCGCCGAGAGUACUACACCAUGCCUGGCUUCCGUAAGUACGAGAACGACACGGGACACAUCUUGGUGCAGUGGUCGUUGGGAAGUCCGUUCCACUUUGCAGGUUGGCACUGCUCCUGGUGCUUCUCGCCUGAGGGCAUCCACUUUAAGCUCAUCUCUGCCCAAAAUGGGGACUUCCCGCGGUGGGGGGACUACGAGGACAAACGAGACCUUAAGUACAUUCGGGAUCUGAUCCGGACUGGGGGCUGGUUUGACGGCUCCGUGCAGGAGUACCCUCCUUCAGAUCCCAAGGAGCAUAUGUACGCUCCCAAAUACAUGUUGGACCACUAUGAGCAGUACCGGUACCUGCUUGAGAACCCGUACAUCUCGCCAACAAAUCUAAAUGGGGGGUAAGGCAGCAUGUGGAAGGGGCUUCUCAGGCAGUCUAUGGGAGAACCAAGGGGUGAGGGUUCCAGGAUGUAAUGGGGUUCCGGGGGAUAGGGGAUAAACCACUGGCAACUCGUACAAUGCCCACCCAAUCAAAGUUCGGCCCCCACUGCACAGGCCCACCCACUGCUCCACCACCGUCCAAUGACGGGCAGCAGUGAGUGGGGUUGGACUGGCGUGGUUGGACGUACCAAACAGCGCUGGCACAAGACACUGUGGGGAAGUGAAGCAACACUUAACUGUCUGUUGUUGAUGGGCACUCUGUUGUUUUCCUGCAUCCCCGUGGAGACACACUGCCCUGGAUGGGGCCCUGUUGGAUCUUUUGCCCUUGUGUCCACAGUAAACCCUUGCAGCUCUCUCUCUCUCUACAUGUCUCAUAGAGAACCAGUCGGUCCUGAAUGCACUCCUGUCUUACACACAAAACAAGCCCCCAAUACAGAGCAGAAAAACAUCCGACUUAAUAAUAUUACAUUGUUGGGAAUAGACUGGAGAUUGGCUUCCUUUUUGCCCGAUUACAAUGAGUUUGUGCACCUUUUGUUACUGAAAGGGAGGGAGGAAGAGGGAGGAGAGAAUAAGAAUGAAGAGAACACAUCGGUCUCUACUGCUUUUCUGUCCCUGUGUGCUCCGAGGGGCUUCAGAUAGCCCUGAUUUGCAUUGAGACCUGGCAGAUAUGGCAGCUGUGUUAUCAGUGAUGGUAAGAGCUGGCCAUCGAGCAGAACAUAGCGGAACCUCCUGCGACUUGGCCUAUAGCUCGAGCUGAGCCAGAAUGAUUGGCUUUAUUAUCGAUCACUGGUGUCGUCAUGCAGCUCUCUGCCACACAGAAAUCAGUCGUGGUCCUUAAAGGUGCCUGGCAUAGAGGGACAUUUUGAGUUGUUGUGGCUAUGAGCUCCCAGCACCAAAGGCAUGGGGUAGAGUUGACAGCUUCUUUCAGCAGACUGGGAUGAAUAAAUCAUGGCUGGCGAAAGCGUCCAGACACAGCAGGAGUCUCUCUCUCUUUCUCUUUCUCUCUCUCUUUCUCUCUCUCAAACAGCCACUCAUGGAGGACAGAUUUAAGGGGCAGAAGUGGAACUCUGUUUCUUUUUCUCUCUGUCUUUCUCUCUCUCUCUCUCUCCCCCUCGGGUCUCUCUCUGCCACAAAAAAAAAGAGGAAAAACCCCAGCAGAUAUCUCGAGCAGAAGUGUGCUGCCUACAUUGUCUUGGCAGCCUACGAAGGGUGGAAGUGGAGGAAGGGGUGUUUUGGGUCUGCUGGCUGGGGAGGUGGUCGGGGUGGGGGGGGCAGGAUGAGGAAAGGAAAAGAGGGAGGGAUCAACUUGGCGAAAACAGACGCGUUCAUUUGGGGUCACGGUGGCCUGUGUAUGCAGGGAAUGUAGAGCACACCCAAGCCUCUUGAGCGCUGUGUGUGGUGUUAUAUAUAUAUAUACGUGUAUAUGUGUGUGUGUGGGUGGGUAUGCCCAUGUGUGCGUGCAAGUAUGUGGGCGCCCACAGCAGAGAGCAUUCAGAGUUCGUCUGAGGCAGAUUGGAAACCGAGAGGAGGGGGGGGG